AAAAAAAAGAUCGUCGACGAGAGGAUCGACAGAAGGGAGAAAGAGAGAGGUAUAUCGAAGCCCGAGAUGAGAAUGUGGCGGGCCACUUUAAUUCAUCAUGACGCACGUAUACAAAUAAAUAACGAACAUCAAGUUGUUCUGUCAGAUACGGAGAACGGUCGUCGUCCUUCCUCGAGAGGACGACUGUCUUCGUCCGAGAGUUCGUGUUUUGUUUUUCUUAAAGAAGAGAAGGAAUUGAAAGAAACGUGACGGUAGCGAGGCAAACGGAUAGCACGGAGCGGAUAAACGCUAACUCGUAUCGUUCGGCAUAUUGUAAUUAAACGAAGAGGCAGUCUAGAGAAACGAGAAACCAGAGAGAAAGAGAGAGAGAGAAAGAAAGAAGUAAAAAAAUUAAAAAAAAAAUAAAGAAAGUGUGCUAAUCGAGCGACGAACGAGAUCUUCGAAUUUACAAACUGGCCAUAGCUCUGACUUAUUGAGAAUAACGCGUGUUAUAUAUAUAUACAUAUAUAUAUAUAUAUAUAUAUAGAUAUAUUAUAUAAAAAACAGUAAUCGUAAAAAGAGAAGAGAAAAAAAAUGAAGGAAAUAAAGAGAAAAUAGAGUCACAUUUAUAACGCGGGAAGAUUUUAAAUGAGCCGUGUGUGUGUUAUAUACAUAUGAGAGAAUUUCGCGCGAAAAAAAAGAAAAAAACCAACGACUAUGUCAAGACACCAGGAAAUAACGACGUAUCGAUGAUUAUUAUUAUUAUUAUUAUUAUUGUUCGUAUUUAUCGAGUAAACCGAGAGUUAAAAACACAAGUGUACCAAAUUAUUAUAGAUUCUAUUGGUUAAAAUAAUAAUGGGUACCUAAACUUACUCAAACAUGUACAUAUAGACAUACAACCGCUUUUUAUAUGUGAUAAAGAAAAUUUAUUAUAUUCCUAUUAUACAUUUUGAGAUCUAGAGAAACGCUACAUUGUAAAUUCUGGUUUUUGUACACAGACUGUAUGCUAAGUUCACUCUUUUUUUUUUGUUUUUUUUUGUUAACACGCGAGAGAAAGAGAGAAUGAGAGAAAAAUCGAGCGAAAGAGAGAGAGAGAGAGAGAAAUGUAGUUUAUAAUUAUUUUUAAUAUUUAAUUCUAUCUCUGAAAACAAGCGUAUAUAUUUCAUGUAUAAUACAAAAAAAAAAUGAUUUGAUUUUCUUUUUCUUUUUAAAUUGCUUAUUCGAGAGAAAGAGAGAGAGAGAAAGAGAGAGAAAGAAAGAGAGAAAGAGAGAAAAACUGGUUUACAAACUGGAAGUGUCAUGAUACUAGUGUCAUUUAUCCUUAUGCGUGGUAGAAAUAAGGAUGAGACAGAGAGAAGUUGCGAAAACCGAACGCGCGCGCUCUUGAUGAUCGUUUUUUUUUUUUUUUUUUACCACCGACUGAGAUGCGUUCGGAUUUUUCGUCGUAUGCGAAAGGAAAAAGAUGCGAAAAGGGGCGGUAGAGAUUAUUUUUAUUUUUUUUUGUUUUUUUUUGUUUUUUUUUUAUUACUGCAAGUGGGAAAGAAUGGGAAAUCCGUACACCUUGUGCUAUGCGCGAUCCGACCCGCGAUCACAGAAGCGAGAAAUUGUGAACAAGAAAAUAAAAUACGUACGAAUUUACCGUUGUACGUUUGCGCACAUCGAAGCGGAGAGAUGGUCGAUUAUUAUUAACGACUUUACGUUCGUUUUCCCGUCGUAUACAGAAAUCAAAAAGAGAUCAAAGGCAAAUGCGUGGACUCGAUGUUGUGUUUGUUGCACCGAUGCGCGAUAUAUUUACACGCGGCGUAUACGUGCUACGAAGCCCAGGAGUGUUGUUCUCGAGGAUCACAUUGCGCAGAGAGUUAAAACUCUUACAAAUGUAGUUAAAAGGAAACAAUUAAGAGCGAGAUAGAUAGAGAGAGAGAGAGAGAUGUCUCAUAUUUUAGUUCUAUAUAGCCCUAAAGAUAAUAAUUUUAAUUGUAUUUAGUGCGAAUGACGCUCUAGUCAGUAAAUCUACAAAUAAAAAUGAAAGGAGAUAACAGCUAAACGUUCUUGCAUGAUCUGUGGAAUGUUCUCGGAGCGUUGCAUCAAUGAUUAUUACAUGUGUAAUUAAUACGUCAAGAGACCGACAACGAGAAUGUGCCGUCGAUAUGUCGGCGUCGCGGAUUUCUUUUUUUUUUUUUGUUUUUUUUUUGUUUUUUUUUGUUUUCUUUUAGUAACGCACACGCCGCGAACGUUUCCGCAGACUCCGAAUGCGUUCUCCGCAUUUUCUCAUUUGCCUUUGAGCCACGCGUAACGAACGUGUGAGGGACACUCGUCACUUAUAAACUACCUCGAUCAAAAAAAAAAAAAAAAAAAAAAGUCAAUGUGUGUCUACGCCGCGUUUUGUUCUUAAUUUCCGAGCAAUCUUGUCCCGCGGGAAAGGGCAUGACCGCUGGUGCAUCUAGCGCAUUCUCUCUGUACGUAAAAUCGUUUACCAAAGCCAAGUGUACCGAGAAGCAUGUGUUUUUUCUUAUUUACUACCCGUUUGUUUGUUUGUUUUAUUUGCCGGCAACACGUGCUUGUACGUUUACAUUUUUUACGUAGAUAUAUCCUUUUCGCGUGUGUGAGUCCUUUUUUUAGAGGAAGAGACUCCGAGAAGCGAAGCGACACCUCCUCCGUGGAGAGUCGUUUUGCUUGUCUUUUUCGCUGCGACGCAUUUGUACUCUAUUUUUUUUUUUUCCUCAAACAACUUUCUAACAAAAAUGUGCUGCAGAAAAGAAAGAAACCAGCUCCGUUCGAGAAAUCGCAUAAAUAUUAUCUUGAAAUGUGACUCAAACAGAUAAGACUGAUUUGGAUCACGUAAGCGUGAAGUCGCGAUACUACUUUUUGGCGACAAAAUUUUGUUCCCCAGCUGGUUUUGUACCUUUCAAAACUACGCAACCUCCGAUCUUUUAAUUAGUUAUUUCCUAGUUAAUGCGCGAGAUAAUGUGCGACUCAUAGUUUUGUGUAUAUUUGUGUAUAUGAUUGUGUGUAAAACAGGCUUGUCCUGUUGUUGCGUAUCUAAUUUCUACGCUUUCUUCACACGAAACCAAAUACGCGUAGUGCUUCGAACAAGGAGAGAGAGAGAGAGAGAGAAAACUAGAGUAAAAGUAUACGAAUAUAUUGUACGGAAUAAAUCUGUUACUCAACAACUCGAUACUUUAGACUCUUUUGGAUUAGAAUCGCGUCGUAGCGAAAGGGUGAAAACUUAAUAAGAAUGGAGUGUAUGUGCGGUCGAUGUAAACGCCAACGCGCUGUAGUGUCUUGCUUUAUUACACACCACCGUUAUUAAACUGCAACCGAGAUAGAUUAAUUUAUUGUACACGAAAAGCGUCUUGAUUUUUGUACACGUCGUUUUAGCGUUUGCAUCCCGAAAGCGACUCCCGAAAAAACCUCGCCAUUUCGUAAAUAAAUUUUUGUCACGCUGCGCGAAAAAAACCCGAUUAGAGCUGCAAAAACAAACUCGUUAAUGUACAGAAUUUAAUGUACAGAACAAAUGUGUUACAAGUAAGAUGUAGAAGCGUAAUCGCGAGGAAACGCAACAACAACAACAAUAAUUGUAACAAUUGAACGAACAAUCUCGACGGCACUUUAAUGGAGUAAAACGCUGGAUUUUCGACGGAAAAUGGAUUCACCCGAUUUUAAAUGUCUUUUUUUUUUUUUUUUUUUUCGAGCGAACGAAGAAUGUCAUCGGACUCUGAUGGCAGCGAUUAAAAAAGAAGAAGGCGUUUUUAAUACUCGCUCACUCAAAGUACAAGAUGAACACGUGUGUAAAUAAAAAGAAAGAUCCGCGGGGCAAUUGUUAAAAAACACGUUUUACUGUCGAGAAGACGACUCGAGCGAGAUUCGAUUAAUAUCUCGGAGCACAUGCGAUUCACGUAGAGAGAUAUUCGACAUAAAAAAGUGACAUAACAAGAAGAAGUCACAGAGUAAUACUCAUUGAUAUCGAUGGAAAAUUCUUUUUUAGCGGAAUACAAAAGAUAGGACGAUGAAAAAAAAUUGAUGAGACGUACACGACGAGACAAUGUUGAAGAGAAGCGGAAUGGCGCAUGUAUAUGUAUGAGAGAAUGUAUCGGUGUGCUGCGAUAAUACAGCGAAGAAGGAUCUUGUGUUGAGAGAGAGAGAGAACGAGAAAGAGAAUUCUAAUGAAAUUAAAUAACGCGGAGACGGAGACACGAGAGUGUCAUUCUCGUGUCCUGAAAGACGCCGAACGAUCCAUUUCUUCCGGACGUUCCUCAAAAGAGAUAUUUCGGACGAUUUUUUUCAAAACCUGUGUGUUGUUCAAAAACAACCGGAACUACUACAAGUGAAGCACCGAACGCUUACAUUCUUUUUCUCGAUGUAAGACACAACGACGAUGCUCGCUCGACGAUUUCGUCCUUGUGUUUAUUUCCCGGAUCGUCGACUCGGCUUUUCCGGUCGGCUUCGAAGAGAGAGAAAAAAUAGGCGCGAUAUAGGAACAACACAAAAAUGGUAAAGAGCAUCCGAAAAACGUGCGAAGGAAGUGCAAAGAAAAAAAUUAAUUGAUUCUGAAAACACGGAUAUGUAAAAGAACAAUUUGAUAAAAUCCGAGAAUAUUAGAACGAAAGAACUGUCGCUUCCUGAGAAACGUCUUGCGUUUGAUGCCUUCCAGUUUGUGUGUUGUUCAGCGGGAAGAAGAUAGGCGAACGAAAUAAACUUGUCGUCGAUGUGUGUGACGGAAUCCGAAUAAAACGAAAGAGAGAGAGAUAGAGAGAGAGAGAGAACAGGGAGAAGCGCUCAGGUCGCCCUACACGCUACAUAUCCGUUUAAAUGGCGCAUUUAUGCAGGCAUUUUUCAUUUAGAACCCGUCGUCGGAUUCGUAUCGAUCGAUCAAACUCCUUACAGCCAACCGAUCCUGCGACCCUUCUUCUUCACGUCCGACCCGCGUUUUUUUUUUUUUUUUUUCUUUAAUUUUUACGGUCCCUCGCAGACUCUUUUCACUAUACAUAUUGAAGUAAUUAUUAAGAUUGUAUAAUUCUUAAUUAACUGGCGCGCGCGCGCGCGCGGUCGUUGGAUGACUCGAGACAAAAAAAAAAAAAGAAAAUAAACCAGAACACACACGUGGCAAAUGCAUAUGUAUACACACAAACAUUACACACGCAUGUACACGCAAUACACACACGCAAGGGGAGAGGGUUGCGGGCGACGGUUUGCCAAUUCUCGCGGGGAGCUUUCACUUACGAACGGGCGACACACCCGCACGUGUCCUGCGUGUUUCCGCAGUAAGGAGACCUCUGCCGCCUCCGGAGAAUCUUUUGUGUAUUAUUUCUAACAGAAUGUAAUAAAGUUUAAACAGAAACGAUUUGGUCUUUUCUUCUUUGCGUUUUCGUUUUUUUAAAUAUUUUAUAGUGAGACACAUUGAAGAACAAAAAUUCUGGCGACUUUUUUAGGUCAUUUCGUUCAUUUGUUAAAUCAGUCAUUAGAGAUAACAGAAUAAAUUUAUUAGCCCUUCCGUCAAGCGGAAUUAAAUGCAACGAGUCUCGCGCAUUAAUUGAACUGUCUGUUAUUUUAGAGAUUGAAUGUUAACAAAAUAAUCAGAUUUUUUUCUUAGUGCCAAUCAAUUCACGUCGCACUGACAGAAGGAUUAAACGUGAUAGAACGUUCGAGACUUCUUGAAACUUGUCGCGCAAUGAAAGGCUCAUUGAGCGUUAUCGCUCACAAAAUGAGAGAGAGAGAGAGAGAGAGUAGAUGUAUUCGAUCAUAAACACAAAUACGACGGUAAUAGAUGCAAACAAUAUUAUCUCUGUGUUGGAUGAACUUUUAACUUAUACACCCCGUCUUAUCUGUGCGAGAUUUCUACCUCAGAACAGGCAGUCGUUUGUCGAAGAUCGAAGCGAGCGUACGGGGACACGCAGAUUUCGUUUGAUAAAAUGACUACGUACGUGUGCGUCGAGGAUUACGAGAAACACGCUCUGGAACGUUUGUCCCCUCAUGCGAGAGACUAUUACAAAAGCGGUGCGGGGGAAGAGUACAGUGUAAAAUUGAACAAAGAGGCUUUCAAAAAUUACAGGAUACGUCCCAGAUUUUUGCGGGACGUGUCUAAGCGAGACAUAAGCACAACGGUGCUGGGCCACAAGGUCUCAAUGCCUCUGGGAGUCGCGCCCACCGCUAUGCAACGCAUGGCGCAUCCCGACGGUGAAUGCGCCAACGCAAGAGCCGCUCAGGCGGCAGAAACAAUCUUCAUUCUCUCGACGAUAUCGACAAGUAGCGUGGAAGAAGUGGCGGAAGCCGCGCCGCGAUGCAUAAAGUGGUUUCAGCUCUACGUAUACAGAGACAGGAACGUCACCUUGAGCCUGAUAAGACGCGCUGAACGCGCCGGUUUCAAGGCGCUGGUGCUCACCAUCGACGCGCCGUUCUUUGGCGACAGACGCGCCGAUGUCAGAAACAAAUUCGCGUUGCCAAGUCACUUGAGAUUUGCGAAUUUUGAAGGUGAUUUGUCGCGGCGAAUAAAUUCCGCAAAAACCGGCUCUGGUCUACAUGAGUACGUUACCGCGAUGUUCGACGCAUCUCUCACCUGGGAUGACGUAAAGUGGCUCAAAAGAACCACAACUUUGCCGAUAAUUCUCAAGGGAAUUCUCACAGCGGAUGACGCUCUUUUGGCGGUGGAAAAUGGAGUCGACGGUAUUAUAGUUUCGAAUCACGGCGCGCGUCAAAUAGACAGCGUCCCGGCGACGAUUGAAGUUUUACCGGAAAUAAACAAAGCUGUGGGAGACAAGAUCGAGCUCUAUAUGGACGGUGGGGUGAGACAAGGUGUCGACGUGUUCAAAGCUCUAGCGCUGGGUGCAAAAAUGGUAUUUUUCGGAAGACCUAUGCUGUGGGGUUUGGCAUGCGACGGCGAGGAAGGUGCCAGGAAAAUUCUGGAACUUAUGAGACGAGAAAUCGAUCUAGCGUUUGCGUUAACCGGCAAGUUUCGGAGUUGUGCAACGGUAAAAGAUGUCACGCAAGAUAUGGUGAUUCACUCGUCGUACUACAGCCGUUUAUAGAACAAGAUUUUGCUUGGAUA